AGACUCCGGGAAGAGCUCGCGCAUCAGUCAUGUUGAUUACCACACUCAUUUGCUUGCUGUCGCUCGCCGCGGCCGUGCCCCUGCCUACGGAUGCAGACAUUGAGGCCGUUAAUCCUGAAGCCCUUGCUCCGGAAGCCCCGGCAGAACCUGAAGCCCCCAUCGUCGCGCCCCAAGCCCCGCCCCCAAGCAAGACCUCCCCCGUAAGAAAAGGUCCUGAAGACACUGUUGCCAUCCUUCGCGACGACCGGCAGGACAAUGGCGACGGCAACUUCAACUACGCUUUCGAGGCUGACAACGGCAUCAGCGUGUCCGUUGUAGGCACGCCGGGCGAGGCAGGGCAGAGCAACAUGGAGGGGUCUUUCAGCUUUAUCCUGCCCGACGGCACCAUCGCCGAAGUCCGCUUCAUCGCCAACGAGAACGGCUUCCAGCCCCAGUCCGACCUCCUCCCCACCCCCCACCCUCCCGCCCACGCCAUCGAGCAGAUCCGAUUCGCCGAGCAACAACGCGCCCUUGGAGUCGUCGAGGAACAACGCGCCCCUAGAGUCGUCGAGGAACAACGCGCCCCCAGAGUCGUCGAGGAACAAAGCAUCCCUGAAGUCGCUGAGGAACAAAGCCUCACUGAAGUCGCUGAGGAAUAGCUCAACAAUGAAGUUCCUAUUUAAAACUGGACCGAAGAAUGAAGAAAAAAAGGAUCAAGGAAGAAAAAGAGAAAGGACGUGUCGAAGAGUGAUAAAAAAAUUGCAAAAAAUAUUUUAACUAUUAAAUAAUUUUGUUCACAGAUUAGAAAUAUGACAACCAAGAUUUUUCUUCAUGAAGGGCCAGGCAGUUCUCUCAUCAUUGUACAACUAUGAUUUUCCUUAAUUAUCAUGGAGAGUUUUCCUUCUUUUGUACUUAUAUCCAUUUCUGUUAAAGCUAAAUAACUUCUUUCUUCCCAUGAAUCUGCCAUUUGGUUGAUUCAGCCUUUUGUUAAUAGUAAUAAAAGUGAAGCAUUGAGC